GCUCGAGUCAACAGCAGCAGCAGUUCGGAUGAUGCAGCACCUGACAGAACCGAUGAAGAAACAGUAGCAACUCGCGCGAGUUGACCGAGAUUGUAGCGACAACAACGCCAUUUUAAGGAUUUUAAGGAUUACUUUGUGGUGUCAUUUAAGACCCGGCAUGUGGAAUGUUCUUCCGGGUCGUUGUUUUUUCAGUACACGGCAGCGCUAACAAACCGCUCGAUGCUAACUGCAGCUCACUGUAACCGAGUCUUCUUCCUUUUGAAAGAUUCCCGCUUUGUCUUCAAUAUAAUCUGCUCAUAAACAGUAGGAGAGCAGUAUGAGCUUCUUUGCAAAUCUCCAGUCUAACUUCCAGCAUGUGAUGCUGUAUGAAAACACUGAUCUGCAGCAGAAAGCCCUGAGUCACAUCCCUCAUCAGCAGCUUUCGUCUGCUGCUCGACAUAAGCUGAAGGAGGCUAAAGAGGCCGAUCCAGAUUGUAAACUUGGAUUAGAUGACCUCCUGGUGCUGGAGUUACUCAGGUGGUUCAAACAGGACUUCUUCUCGUGGGUGGACAGUUUACCCUGCAGCCACUGUGGAGGUUCCACCCAGACCGCCAGCUCCCUCAGUCCCAGUGUUGAUGACCUGCGCUGGGGAGCUCAACGAGUGGAGAACCAUUACUGUCAUAGCUGCAGUCUCUCCACCAGAUUCCCCAGGUACAACAAUCCUGAGAAGCUGCUGGAAACAAAGAGGGGGCGCUGUGGGGAGUGGGCUAACUGUUUCACCCUGUGCUGCCGAGCUCUUGGCCUUGAAGCCAGGUAUAUCUGGUGCAGCACAGACCACGUGUGGACAGAGGUUUAUUCGGUGGCUCAGCGUUGUUGGCUGCACUGUGACUCAUGUGAGAACGUCUGUGACAAGCCUCUGUUGUAUGAGGUUGGUUGGGGCAAGAAACUGGCCUAUAUUAUGGCUUUCUCCAAAGACCAGCUGGUGGAUGUGACAUGGAGAUAUUCCUGCAAACACCCGGAAGUUUUGUCAAGAAGGAACAGUGUUGAAGAGGCCUGGCUGCUUCAAACCAUCAAUGGCCUCAACAACUCGAGGCAGCUAUUCCUGAGUGCAGACACAAAGAAGGUGCUGACAGAGAGGCUGCUCGUUGAGCUGGUGGAGUUUAUUUCCCCAAAGAAGCCUAAAGCAGGAGAACUGGGGGGGCGCAACUCUGGCUCCCUGGCCUGGAGGAUAGCGAGAGGGGAGACCACAGCUGCCAAACCUGCGUCUUCCACACAGACUGCAGGUUAUGUGUUCAUGCCCACUGAGAAGGAGAGGAGUGACCGGUUACUGCAUGUGUGCUACAAUGCUACCAAAGACCAGUACUGUCGCCUGUCCAGCAGCUCUGAGGUCAUCCAGGGCUGGAAUCAGUGUAUGUGGAGGAAAGAGUCGGUGUUCAGAAAGGAGGAAAAGGACUGGCAAAUGGUGUACAUGGCUAGAACAGAGGGCUCAUCUAUGGGACAGAUGAGCUGGAAGUUUGAUUUUGCUCCGGUGGGAAUGAAGAUAAAGUCUAUCUCGGUCAUGGCCUGUAGCCAGACCUUCCACUCGGGGAAAGUCCGCUGGUACUUGCAGUCUAGCAAGAUUACUACAGAAUUCUCUGGAGAUGGGAGGAUGCAGUUGUAUCCCAGUCUGGCUGGCUCUUCUGACUUCCUGGUUGUAGCAGAACUCAGUGGUGGAGAUGGGGAGUCAUCGUGGCAGCACUCUCAACUGUUCAGGCAGAGCUUGAAGGAGACUGAGAAGACAUCAUUUGAAGUCCUUAUCCUCUUAGAAGAUGCCUGACAGCUGCUUUACUCAACAACACUGGACCCUUAAUACUUUAUCACUUUUGUCUGCGCUGAUAAGUUCAAACCCAAGUGUUUGAAACCUUAUUAAAACUCUAAAAUUGAUGUAUGUUGACAAAUCUGUUGGAUGGAUAAAGGUAUAGUUCAGUGGGGCUACACGCUUUCACUGAAAAAACUUGGUUGCCAGCUACGACAUAAGAAAACUGCUUCAGCUAAAUAAAACACCAAUUCUCUUUCUUAUUCACCAUUGGUCUUCGAGGAAAUCAGUGGUCAUACAUCAUUGCAGGUUCUGUAGCUAGUUAAUAAUAAAGUGAAAUUAUUGAAUAGUGUAGUAUGAAAUGGUGGGGGUAAUUUUUAUUUUUAAGUCAUGUGUGCCGUCAAAUGUUGGUAUUAGUUUUGUUUGGAUGGCUGGAGUUAGCUGACUGUAUGGUGGAAUAUAAAAGAUAUAUUUUCAAGUUUU